AUGGCGGCAGCAACAACAACGAAAGAGAGGGAACUGCAGCUGCUGGACACCGUCGAGCUCAAGAUCCUAAAUGUUGCCAACAAGGAACAUAAGCUGCACGAGCUAUUACAACGUUAUCUGCCGCCGGUCAUCCUCAAGGCGGCUAGUGAACAUGCUCAAGUUCGAGCUAAAGUGGUCCAGAUAUUCUCCAACCUGAAGACCUUCAUCCAACCCCCGGACAUAGAGCGCCUGGAUGACUAUGAAAGAAGACAGCUUAUACCUAAAGCUUUGUCAGGAUUCGCCAAGGACCAAGGUGUUGCCCGAGCUGGUCCAUUCUUCAACAUCAUUCUACGUCUCCUCCUUGAUGCCCGGAUACCUCCAAGAGGCAGCAAAGAUGAUACCGAGUACCGAGAAGCAAUCGGACUAUCAGACGAGGCCGACGCAAAGUUCCUUGCUAGCAUGAUUAGCAUUUUCCUACGGCUACGGAACCCUACGCAAACUCAGAACUGGACCACAGCUAACCCAACACUCACUAAAGCUGAGCUCGAUUCGCUAGCUGUGGAAAGCCCCGAGUCACAGAAGGUUUUCGAGAGGAUGUCAGAGUUGAAGCUCAAGCUCGUCUCGUUGCUUGCAAGUGGUGCUUUUACUGACGAGGAGAAGUUCUUGCCCGCGCUUUACGCUUCAUCCAGUUUCGAUAACAGACUUGUAUCCGCAGCUGAAGAAGUUUUGAAGCGAAGCUCUGUGUCUAUGGAAGAUGAGCCACUUGUCAAGCGCCUGUUUCAUGCUCACUCAAUCCUGCCGCCCACCUACCGGACCAGAAUUCUCAACAUGCUCUCUAAAUCAUCCAUCUCGGCAACAAUGUCGGAUGAUAUCAUGGCUGUAGUCAAACUCAACUUCUCCUCGCCAGAUCAAGCUUCAAGUGAAUUGGCACAGAAUAUGCUGCCCAAGAGUGCGCUCGAACAAACAAAACUGCAUACGGCGACGUUUCAGUACCUUGCCUGGGUAGCGCGCGUUGGGCCCACGCAGGAAGGAUUUGACAUUGCUGCUCCUCUCGUGCAUGAGCUGUCCACUUUUAUAGAGCGUCAAGGCUGGCCUGUUCCGUGGCGAACAUCUCACGACGAUAUUGCACUACGAUCGAAAGCGUACGAAACUAUUGGAGUGUUGGCGAGAAGUGCGAAUAUGCCAAUUGGGAGGCGUCUACAACUCGCCCACUGGCUUUUUAAGUCAUUGUCAGAGGAUACGACUUCCGAUGCAGUUGUGAACAUAGAUGGAGCUCUGUCCAGCCUAACCACCAACAUUCCGGCAAUGACGGGCAAUGAGUCUCAAGAGUUGAAGACAAUGCUGCUAACGUUUAUGUCUCUCGCUGAUGAGCCCCCUGCUGUUAGAAGCACUCGACACGCUGUGGUCAAGUGGGCCAACCAGUGCCUCGCCUUUUCCGAUGUUCUGGGACGCUGGAUUGACAUUCUGGCCGUUGGUGCCUACGAAGGCGAGAGAAGUGAUGUUAUUGAGCAGGGCCACAAAGGUCUUGACCCUUGGACUUAUCACGCACACGCCGAAACCAGUCCGAUAUUGCCAGACUGGAAAGAAAUGAUAGUCACGUUCUUUGGUUCUGAAAUUAGCCCAUAUACCAUUACGGAGGCCGCCACUGCCCCUCUUCCAGAUGUGACAGAAAAGUCGCACUCGGUGUUUGAGAACUUCCAAGGAUCUCGUAUAGCUGCUUUCCCAGUUGCCCUGAGAUAUUGCAAGCACAUAAUGUUCCUCACAGCUCUCGAAGACUUCGAAGUGGAGCCUGACUGGAUGCAAACUCUAGAUGCACGAGUCAAAACGGACAUCAAGACGCGAGAGAAGAUCCUAGCCUAUCUGCAUACAAUCGAUAGUGGAUACAUACUCUUCUAUCUGAAGGCAUGCCUCGAUGGAGCCUACCUCAGGGACUCUCCGAUUACGGAAGAAUGCAUCCGUUGUUUUGUUGAUGUGGCAUCCCUCAGUCCCGGCGGGGCACUGGGGUUCUUGACCAUGUUUAGCGAUGGCCUUUUCCAGCUGAUCAAGUCGAAUAAUAAGGAAGUCCGGUCACUGACUGCUCGUGCCCUUGGAAUUCUUGUGUCACAUCUCGCGAAUGACCCGUCUCUGAUAGACUAUUGCCGCGAGACUCUGAGUGCACUAUUCGAAAACGCCGAGAGGUUAGUCGGACCUGAACUCAACGUUGCUGAGGGAGGAUUACUGGCAUACAGCUACGUCUGUUCGCGAAGCGUUUACUACGGACAACCCAUUCCCGACGAUGUUCAAUAUCCCAUUCAGUUCAUCACCGGCGAAAACGUUGUGUCGUCACUCCAUGACACAGCGCUCGAGGCUUUUGCACAGCUGUGGACAGCCGGACUCGCUAUCCCGGAACGCGAAGGUGAUCACUCACUGGAAAAGGUUAUCAGCAAGCUAGUCGCCUCAGCAAAGAAAAGCAACGAGAAGGCAAUUCUUGCUCUGGGAAGACUGGCUGCCGGGCUGAGUGAAAGUGGAGAGGCUAAUGAGAGCGAAGAGGGAUGGUUGCAUGGAAUCCUGGGCAACAUCCUCAAGGAGCUUUUCGCCCUACAUGAGAUCAAGCAAGUCGAGGUGCAGUUCACUGUGGGAGAUGCUAUCACUGCAACUCUGGCACGAUGGGAAUCCGAUUAUGUAAAGCUGACCCUGGAUGUCGAGUCUCGCGGUUGUCUUCAGAAGCGCAAUGGAUCCCGUGGCCCGCUUCUCACAGCUGUUCUUAACAAGAUCUUCGCUGACUGCAAGGCCACAAAGCCAUCGCUGCUGAAGGCGUCCGGCAUCUGGCUUUUCUGCAUUGUUCAAUAUUGUUCACACCUGGAAGAGGUUCAGUCGAGGCUCCGAGAGACUCAAGCUGCAUUUAUGAGACUUCUUAGCGCACGCGACGAGCUUGUACAAGAGACUGCCUCGCGCGGUUUGUCUUUGGUAUACGAGCGUGGCGAUGCUGAUCUCAAGAGCGCCCUUGUGAAGGACCUAGUGUCUGCAUUCACAGGCAACGGCACCCAGCUCAAGGUCGACCAAGAAACAGAGCUGUUUGAGCCUGGUGCUCUGCCAACUGGAGAGGGCAGCUCCAUCACUUCAUACAAGGACAUUGUCAAUCUGGCCAAUGAAGUUGGCGAUCAAAGGCUUGUUUACAAGUUCAUGUCACUUGCUGCGAAUGCUGCUACCUGGUCAACUCGAUCUGCCUUUGGUCGAUUUGGACUCAGCAACAUUCUUUCAGAGUCUGAAGUUGACCCUAAGCUCUAUCCCAAGCUCUACCGUUACCGAUUUGACCCCAAUCAAAACGUGCAGCGAUCCAUGGACGAUAUUUGGAAGGCACUUGUCAAGGAUUCGGGCGCAGUUAUCAGCACUCACUUUGAUGCGAUCCUGGACGACUUGCUUAAGAGUAUCUUGGGCCGAGAAUGGCGCAUGCGAGAAGCAAGCUGUGCUGCUAUCUCGGAGCUCAUCCAGGGCCAGCCAUUCAACAAGUACGAGAAUCGAUACCGUGAUAUCUGGAUAUCGGCAUUAAAGGUUCUUGAUGAUGUCAAAGGUUCUGUGCGAGAGGCUGCCUUCAAGCUUUGCAGAACCUUAUCUAAUACUCUUGUUCGACAACUCGAGGAGGGAACUAGUGGAUCUGCUGCUAAAUCUAUGAUGAAGGAGGCUCUCCCCUUCCUUCUGUCUGACAAAGGUAUCGAAAGUUCUGUCAAAGAAGUCCAAGCCUUUGCUGCUAUUACCGUCAUCGAGCUCACUAAGAAGGGUGGAAAGGCUCUCCGACCAUUUAUUCCGGAGAUGGUUCCUCAACUUCUUGGUUUACUGAGCUCUAUCGAGCCCGAGCAAAUCAACUGGCAUUAUCAGAGAGCUGGUGAGGACAGCCGAGACCAGAUUGAUAAAAUUCGAUCACAAAUGGUGAACCGAUCUCCGAUUUCUGAGGCCAUUGACAAUUCACUUCGAUUCGUGGACGCGGAUGUUAUGGCUGAAUUGGCACCUAAACUAGAGGCAACUAUCAAAACUGCUCUCGGCAUGCCGACCAAGAUAGGAUGCAGUCGUGUAUUGACGACCCUAUUCACAAACCACACAAAUGACAUUAAGGGAGUGAGCAACAAGUUCCUCCAACUGAUGGAGAAGCAGACAAUGGACAAGAACGACGAGGUCAGCCAGGCAUAUGCUCGAGCUACCGCAUAUAUGUUGAGAGCUGCUUCGGACUCGGCCAAGAACCGAUUCUGCAAGAAGUUUAUCGACAUGUACUUCGACGCAGAGGAGGAAUCGCGUCGCCAGAAGACUGCAGAUGUGAUUGUGGCGCUGGCUAAGGUCUCGCCUGACCACUUCACUGCCCUAGAGACACAAUUGCUACCCUUCUCCUACUUGGGCUCUCACGAUACAGACGAGUAUACCAGCAAAGUAUUCAAGAAAGUAUGGGAGCAGCACGCUGGAAGCAGUCGCACUGUUGUUCGUUACGUUCCCGAGAUCGUAGCACUCGUGGAGAGGUGUUUGGAUACUGCACAAUGGGCCCUUCGACAUGGUGGAGCUUUCACCGUUGCGGCUAUGGUAUCUGAUGUUGCAAGUGCAAGUGAUGUUAGUGGCCAAAUCAGCGACGCCAAUCUCAACAAGAUCUGGCCUGUUUUCGAGAAAGCACUGGCCCUUAAGACAUUCGCUGGCAAAGAGAAGCUCCUUGAAUCAUACCCUAAAUUCGUCGAGAAGGGACACAGCUUGUGGAAGUCAGACACAAAGAUCGCUGCACAGAUGAAGAAGAUUGCUCUUCGAGAAGCUAAGCGAAACAACGACGAGUACCGUGUGCACGCUUUCCGCUGUCUCUGGGAGUUUGCAAAAGCUCGGGAUGAUCUCGACAUGCUUGAUGAGAUUGCGGAGAUCGUUACGCCUUAUCUUGAAGAGCUGAAAGGAGACGACGAGACCGAGAAUGGAGAUAAAAUGGAUAUCGACUCUAAGGAUCAAGUCGCGAAGGAACAGCUUGCAGAGAAGACGGCUUCCAACGGCUUGGAGGCUGUUGCUCGCGGGCAUAGCCGAACAGAUCUUGGCAUUCUGACCAAGAUCAUAAAUAUUCUCAAGCCUUUCCUGUCAAGCCCGAACUUUGCGACUAUCAAGCGCCAAGUAUGGUACGAGUGUGUGCGCGAUCUUAUGAACGAUGCCACGCCUUCAUCAACACCGGAUGAAAAUGCCGUGGCGCUUACUUAUCUACUGAGCCUGGAUGUUGACUUGGUUGACACUGGCACUGAAGCACAGAGAGUUAUGAGGGCCAAGGCAGUGGGCGCAUUGUUCAAGGCAAAGGGCAAGGGAGUCUUUGGACCGACUGGGGGCCCUGACGCUGCGCAGUUGAAGACGAUGGUGAGUCAGGCGCUGGAAGCCGAGAGGUCUUUGGAGGUUCAGCGUGUGCUGAGGGAUAUCCUCGUUGAGAUGGAGUAA